AUGACGUCCGAUACUAAGUAUUCACAGGAAAAACUGAAUGAAUUGUUGGAAUCCAUUAGACAGGAAUUCAAUAAGGUUUCACAAGAAGUUAAUUCGUAUCGUUUACAAAACCAAAAAGAUUAUGAUUUCAAAAUUAAUCAACAAUUAGCAGAAAUGCAACAAAUUAGAAAUACAGUUUACGAAUUAGAAUUAACUUAUAGAAAACAUAAGGAUUCAUAUCAGGAAGAAAUUAACAGAUUGAAAUUGGAAAUUGCUCAAAAGGAUAAACAAAUCGCUACUUUGACAAAUCAAAAGGAUGGUUCCGCAAUCUUACCUGCCAUUAAAAAUGGUCCCGCUACAACAGCAACAACAGCGACAACAACAGAUGCAACUUCUACUUUAACUCCUCUAAUAAGUGCCCUGGGAUCACAAUUACCACCGGGAACGGCCCCAAUUAUUCAACCACCAUCUGCCACACCAGGUUCUUCUGCACCACCUCAACAAUUACAACAAUUGCAACAGCCUCAACAACAACAACAACAACAACAACAACAACAAAUCGUACCUCCAAUGGUACAACAAGGUGCCACCGCUUUGGAAAAUAACGUUCAACCACCAUUGAUUCCAUCCGUACCAACUCAACCUCUCCCAAAGACAGUCUCAUCUCCAGCUGAUCAACAAAAACCUCAAGAACAACAACCGGCUGAACCAAAAAUAACAACUACAGAAGAGGAAAAAUCAACUACAACAACAGAACAAGUAAAGACAGAAGGUACCAAUGAAUCCGCAGCAACAACACCUGCCGCUGCUGAUAUAAACCACUAUUUGGUUCCUUACAAUCAAAGAGCCAGCUCAUUAAAACCAAUUCCACCAUUCUUAUUGAAUUUGGAAUCUUCAGAUAGUCCCUCCAAAUACAAGAAACAAAGUGACGAUUACUACGUAGUGUUUAACCCAGCAUUACCAUUGGAAUUGGACGUUGAAUUGCAUCAUUCAUUGAACCAUUCCUCAGUGGUUUGUUGCGUCAAAUUCUCCAACGAUGGUCAAUUCCUGGCUACCGGUUGUAACAAGACUACACAAAUUUACAGAGUAUCAGAUGGUGAAUUGAUAGCUAAGUUAUCUGAUGAUUCAGUCACUUCACCAGAUACAUCAAGCGCUACUUCUGGCUCCACACCUUCAACAGAUUUAUACAUUCGUUCUGUAUGUUUCUCACCUGAUGGCGAAUUCCUCGCUACAGGUGCAGAGGAUAAAUUAAUUAGAAUUUGGGAUAUUCAAGAAAGGAAAAUUGUAAUGGUCCUAAAGGGUCAUGAACAAGAUGUAUAUUCUCUGGAUUACUUCCCCAAUGGUGAAAAAUUAGUCUCGGGAUCAGGUGACAGAACCGUGAGAAUUUGGGAUUUGCGCACAGGACAAUGUUCAUUGACGUUAUCCAUCGAAUAUGGUGUCACUACAGUCGCUGUCUCCCCCAAUGAUGGGAAAUUUAUCGCUGCUGGUUCAUUGGAUCGUGCUGUCCGUGUUUGGGAUUCCACUACAGGGUUCCUUGUCGAAAGAUUGGAUUCCGAAAAUGAAUUGGGGACAGGUCAUAGAGAUUCAGUGUAUAGUGUCGUGUUCACUAGAGAUGGUAAUGAAGUUGUUAGUGGAUCCUUGGAUAAGACCGUUAAACUUUGGAACAUGAGACAUAGUGGUAACAGUAAUAAUGAGUCCAACGAUAAGGGUAGCGCAUCAGCUACUUGUGAAGUCACAUACGUGGGACAUAAAGAUUUCGUUUUAUCUGUCACCACUAGUCAAGAUGAUAAAUAUAUCUUGUCUGGUUCUAAAGACCGUGGAAUCUUGUUCUGGGAUAAGGAAUCUGGGAACCCGUUGUUAAUGUUACAAGGUCAUAGAAAUUCUGUCAUUUCAGUCGCUGUGGCUAAUGGAUCUGCCUUGGGUCCAAAAUAUAACGUCUUUGCCACGGGAAGCGGUGAUUGUAAAGCAAGAAUUUGGAAAUACUCAAAGAUUUCUGGUGAAGAGGAGAAGAUUAAGGAGGUACAAGAAGAGAACUGA